AUGCAGACACUAGCAACCAAUCCCGUCCGCAAGCCCCCGGUGGUCGUUCACAACAAGGGUGGCCGACUAUAUGACGAGACACGACCGUCUGACUGGGACAAACAACGCUGGAAGUAG